GUUGUUGUGAUUCUAUUUGCAAAAUAUUCAGUCUACUCAAUGCGCGUGUAAGUCCGUCAUGUUGGUUACGGCCAUCUUGCAUAUAAAAAUGACAAGAUCCUCGGUCUCUCUCGGAAUCCCUUUUGGUGUAGAAGCAUCAACAGCAUCAUCAGUUCUUCCUUCGUUCAUUCACUCAUUACAGUCGCUCCUUAUUACUUACCCACAGUCACUCAUUACUACUUUCAUUUCAACUCUCAUUAACUAUUCCAUACUCACUCGUCUUAUCUAAACAAGAACAAACAAACAACUACUACAAGAUGCCUUACUUCAACGCGACCAACACCGCAAAGUUCCUGUCUUGCACCUCGACUGCAUUGACACCCGUCCUGACUCCAGUGACGAAGACCAUGCUUUCGCCGGUCACCCAAACUCAUUACACGACUGUCUACGAGACUGUCUUGCCCGCUGCCUGUGAGACAGGCCAGUGGAUGGCUACUUACACCGUCACCGAGACCUGCACCGGGAAGCCUUCUGAUUACGUCCCUUCUGUCAUCCCUCCGGGAUUCGUCGUGACCACCGUGUCUUGCCCCGUCUGUCACCCUGCUACUGCCAUUGAGAUCACCUGCCCCGGCAUCCAGCCCACCGGGUAUCCCACAGUCGGCAUCACCGGCAACGGCGUUACUGCCACUGUCACUGCUACGCCAGCUGGUUAUCCUAUGGGCAACCCAGGUGCUUACCCAACCAAGGUUCCCGCCCAUCCCAAGCCAGUCGUCCCCGGCCCAUGCUCCGGCGUCGGUCCCAAGCCAGUCCCAAUCCCGUGUGCUGGUCCCGGGUGCCCAGAAGGCCUUGGUUCCAUGCCAUGCUUUGGUCCCGCAUGUCCUCGCCCUGGUAACCCUGGUGCUCCCCCAUGCCACGGUCCUGGGUGCCCUAGCUUCGGCCCCGGCCCCGUUCCUGUUCCAUGCUCUGGCCCCGGAUGCCCUGCUCCAGGCUUCAACCCCAAGCCUAUCAUCCCUUGCGCCGGUCCCAGCUGCCCCGGCUCCGGUAACAACGGCAGCACCGUUAUUCCUCCUCCCUAUGCUGUAUCCGCUGGCGCGUCUUCAUUCACGAAUGCGUUCGCCCUCGUCACGGGACUUAUCUUUGUAGCCGGCCACUUCAUCCUUUUAUGAUUUUAU